AUGUCUGACGAAAGUAUUACAAAUAAAGAAGAUAACGAAAAUUUGCUUUACUUAGCAAAAAGAUUUCAAUUAGAUGAGGUUUCGUACGAGGAAGAUCAUGUCUAUAUACGAGAAUCCAUCGGUUCCGAAACAUCCUUACCAUCAUCCGUCGACAACAUUAGCGAAUCUACAAGGGAGUUAUUAAAUAGUGUCGAUAGUAAAUUGGGACCAAAAGUUUUCAAAGAUCCGAGAGUUAUGGCCAAAACAAAACCAUUCGAUCUAGAAUGGUGUUUUGGACUCAAUUCUAAAGUUCGAAUUGUAAAUUUAACUAAAAAAACACAACAUAUAAUAAUGUAUGCUUGCUCUCAUUAUCCAAUUAUAUACAAUUAUUGUGAUAAAAAGAUGAUACAUUUAGAAGGUCAUUCAAACAUUGUGACAUCUAUAACUUGUGACGUCACUGGAAGAUGGGUAGCGACAUCAGCAUCUAAAAAUGGUUUCCUACAUAUAUGGGAUAUGGAUCAAGUGUUGGGAUCUGAAAAAAGAACCCCAGUGUAUACGAUGUAUUCAAUAUACGGUCAUUAUAGCCUUAGCCUUGCUCGAAUUAGCCCCACCGGUAAAUACCUUAUAACAGUAGGAGCUGUUGGAUGUGAUACGUAUUCAGUAGAUCUGUGGUUAUGGACUUUAGGCAAAGACGUUCCAGAAGAUCAUUAUAGAGUCCCUUAUUCUAACGGGACUCCAGUCAAAAUCUGUUAUAAUCCUGAUAUUGAAGAACAUAUUAUGAUCAUAUUUACAAAACAAAUUGUUCUCCUUGUUUGGAAUGCCGAAGAAAAUAAAUUUGUAUCACCGUGUAUACCCCAAAUAAUGCACAAAAAUAAAAUUGGACAUAUAACUGGAGGAACGUAUGCGAAUAAAUGUCAUGAAUGUUAUGCUUCUAGUAGCAAAGGGUGCAUUUUGGUUUUCGGGAAUACUUUGUAUGCGAAACCGUUUGCGGAAGGUGAAAUCAAUAACGACAAACUAUUCAUAGAUUCCAUAAAAGUUUCGCCAGUUUCGUUGGAAUAUUGCACUUCGACUGAAGGAUUGGUAAUAACCGGAGACGCACGUGGAGAAAUAUAUUUUUUUAAUAAACGUAUAGAAAUUUUAUAUUGGAUUCGUGAUUUCAAUUUGGGACCAAUUGCUUCUAUAAGUUUUUGUUUGGAUGCAAAACUCCAAAUACAAGACCUAAACAAGUAUUAUGUUCUACCAACCAAAGAAGGAGGGGGAGUCUUCAACUGCGAUUUUCGAGAUAUGGUAGAAGAAUUGGAAGUUCUUUUUCAACAAGAUCUACCAACUAAUGCCACAAUUAAACGAGAACCAUUCAUUGUUCGAGAUUUUGUUGUCGCUACUGCGCAAUGUAAUAUUUAUGCAAUAGACGUUGUUAAGAAUACAUGUGUUCCACUUUUUCAUCUUGCUGAUGGUAGUGUAACUGCUAUUGACGUUCAUGAAGAGUCGAAUUAUCUGGUUAUUGCUUACGAUAGUAAUAGAGUCAUUCUAAUGGAUUAUGAGACAAAUCAGGUUAUCAGUCAGAUAAUACUCCCAAAUAUAGAAGAAGAACCGAAUUGUAUAUCUUGCAUAAAGUACAGCAAAGAAUCAUUUCAUUUAGUGUGCGGCAAAACAAAUGGAGAGAUUUGGAUAUUAGAACCAAUUUUAUUAAAACCAAAGAUAACGGAACCAUUUCAAAUUACGAAAAAUAAAAUUUUGAAGAUACAAUUUUCUUAUAUUCCAAUACAGUUUGCAUAUUACGACGACAAACGAACAGUAUGUCUUUUUUCAUAUAAUUACGUAACAAGUAAUUGGGAAUUCUGUGGGAAAAUAAGGGCACAUUAUGAUGAUAUUACAGAUAUGAUGUUCUUACCCGGAAAGCCUUCAAAAUUGUGCACUAUAGCUAGAGAUCGUCAUUUAGUUCAAUAUAAUAAUUGCACGGAAAACGGCCCAUGCAAAGAAAUAAGUAUCGAAAGCUCGGAUAGGAUAGAACAAACAGCUGUGCCAAUGUGUUUCGUUCACUGGUUAUCCACCGUGGGGGAUAAACAGAUUGGUUAUAUCGUAAUAGCCGAUGAUCAGAUACUUGCGAAUUGUGAGUCGAAAUAUAUGGUUUUUGGUACGCAAAAACACUUUGGUCUACAAAUUUUACCUCCUGAUGGAAAUCCAUAUAAAUAUGUUGGGUAUCUCGCCCAUCCAGCAAAGUUGCACGAUUUUCGCGCAUCUCACGACGGAAAAUAUAUUUUCACGUGCGGAUCUAAUGACCAUUCCGUUCUCAAAUGGCGAGUAAAUGUUAACGCUGUAGAAGUAAUGAAACAUAUCGGUGGAAAAGAAUUAGAACCAUUUUACUGUUUACUAGAAGGCGGUUAUCAAGGUUGGCUCUUUCAUGAAAUAAAAGAUUUGUUUUAUUAUAUGCAAAUUUUACAACAAGAAAAUAUCGAUCUCCCUAGAAGAGUUACGGACAGUAUCAGCGUUACCGAAAUACCGGAUUUAUUCAGAACUAUCGGUUUUUACCCUUCCGACUUUGAGUUAGAAAAUAUUAUGAUCGAUGUAAAAUAUAGAAACGUAGACGAUAGUAACACAACAAAUGACGACAUCAAUUUCACAGAUUUUGUGAAAUUGUAUUGUAAUUACAAACCUGUGUACGGUUAUUCGAGCUUUGAUAUAGAAGAUGCCUUCAAUCGUAUCUGUUACGAUGAAGAUAGAGAUACUAUAAGCAGGGAUGAAUUUAUAGACCUUCUAACAGCAGGGGGAGAACCUUUAACUCGAACAGCCUGUUUCAAAUGUUUUAAAACAUUAAUGAGAGUGGACACUACAGACGAAAAUUUCGACUUUUUACCAGAGGAAAUUAAUUUUCAUACGUUCUUCGAAGACAUCCUCGGCAUUGAAAUGCAUAGAGAGAGAGUACUAGAAGUUGAAUCUUCCGAAGAUGAUGAGGUUGCAAUGAUGACACCAAGUAAAGUGGCUCUAAAUGAAUAAAAAUCAUAAAUUGUGAUAUAAAAUUUAUUUUUAUUCAAGUGUUUUAGUUAUUAAAAUGAUCACGAAUGUAAUACAAAAAAUUAAAACUCA